GGCACGGUGUCAGUCCUGCUGCCUCACGGCAUGAUGGUGAAUGUGUCUGACCACAUCAAAGGCCUGGUGCCCCGCACACACCUUUCCGACAUCCUGCUGAAGAACCCAGAGAAGAAGUACAUAGAGGGCAUGAAGAUCAAAUGUCGGGUGCUCUCCGUGGACGCAGAGAAUAAGAAGCUGUGCCUGACCAGGAAGAAGGCCCUGGUGGAGAGCCCCCUGCCGCUGUUCCUCAGCUUCAGCGAUGCACGUCCCGGCCGCGUCUCCCACGGCUACAUCGUCUGCAUCAAAGACUUUGGCUGCAUCAUGCGUUUCUACAACAACGUGAAGGGCCUGGUGCCGACCAACGAGCUCAGCUCGGAGCCCAUCGUCAACCCGCAGGAGGUCUUCUACGUGGGGCAGGUGUUAAAGGCUAAAGUUCUCAAUUGCGACCCCGCUAAGGAGAAGAUGGCGCUGUCCUUUAAGGCGGCAGUGGAGGGAGACAAAGAGGAAGCCCCCCAGCCCCAGUUUGACUGUGAGGUGGGGACGAAACUGGAGGCCAAGGUGCUGAAAAAGUUAGUCAACGGUCUGGAGGUCGCCAUCCUCCCUGACGAAAACCGUGCCAUGCUACCCACAAUGCACCUUUCCGAUCACAUGUCCAACUGCCCUCUGCUGUGGGAGAGCCUGCAGGAGGGAGACAACAUCUCAAACAUCGUCUGCUCCAGCAAGACCAAAGAGCAUGUUAUCGUCAGCAAGAAGCCAACAGUGCGAUGGUCUCUGGAGGAAGGCGUGGUGGCCAAGGACUUCUCUGAGAUCACAGUAGGAAUGCAGCUGGUCGGUUGGAUCAAGAACAUCAUGUCGUACGGCGUCUUCGUGGAGUUCCCUUACGGCCUCUUUGGGCUCGCACCCAAGUCGGUGAGUAAAGG